CCUCAAGUUCCAUUUGCUGGUGCAACAUUACUUUAUAUCAAUGAUAAGUUUUGCAUAAUGUUUUCAUUAAAACUCCGUAUGCUACAGCCGCUGCACAGCAGCUGCUGCAAUUUUAAGCGUAAUUUCACACACAAAAACCUGCUGGAGCUGUCAGAUCGAGGCUUCUUUCAGAGCAUUUUCCCGGACACAGCAGCACCAAGGAUAAAGCAGCUCUUCACGAAAUCAUCACAAAGCAUUUAUGCUGGGUUUGAUCCCACUGCGGACAGCCUGCAUGUCGGAAACUUGCUUGUGAUAAUGGGCCUCUUGCACUGCCAGCGAGCCGGUCACAAACCGAUUGCGCUUGUUGGAGGAGCCACUGGUCUUAUUGGUGAUCCGAGUGGACGUAAAACGGAGCGCAAUCAGCUGGGGCAGUCUGUGAUAGAAACAAAUUUGCAAGCCAUUGAGGGACAAUUGCGUCGAGUAUUCAAAAACCAUGAGGAUUGCCUUUGGGAUACACGAAACAACAAGUCUCAACUGGCGCCACUUACAAUUGUUAACAAUGCCGAGUGGUAUGCGAAUCUUAAUUUGAUCGACUUCAUUGCCAACAUGGGUCGACAUUUUCGCAUGGGAUCAAUGCUGUCGCGAUCCUCCGUCCAAACGCGUUUGGAAUCGGAGGAUGGGAUGAGCUUCACAGAGUUUACGUAUCAAAUCUUCCAGGCCUACGAUUGGCUACAUUUACUGCGUAAGCACAACUGUUGCUUCCAGAUGGGCGGCUCCGAUCAAAUGGGCAAUCUAAUGACAGGUCACGAAUUGAUAAGCCGUGUGGAGCGCAAUCGUGAAGUCUUUGGCUUGACUCUGCCCAUAGUUACGAAUGAGGAGGGUGAUAAGUUUGGCAAAUCUGCGGGGAAUGCAGUAUGGCUAGAUGAAAAUAAGACAUCGCCUUUUGCACUGUAUCAAUUCUUUUUGCGUAUGCCCGACUCCGAGGUGGAGAAGCUCUUGAAACUAUUCACCUUCAUACCACUGGCCGAGGUCGACCAACUGAUGCGCGAGCAUGCCAAAGAGCCAGAGAAACGUAAAGCCCAGACCCUGCUGGCUGAAGAUGUCACCUUGCUGGUUCAUGGCGAGCAUGGAUUAAAGCAAGCGGAGCGCGUUACCAAUGCGCUCUACAAGGGCAACGUGGACGGCCUGGCCGAGUUGAACUAUGCUGAAAUCAAACAAACAUUUCAGGGAGCUACUGUCGUUGAUUUACUGACCGAACCGGGCAUGUCCAUACUACAACUGGCCAUGAAAGCGAAGUGCUUCCCAACAGAAUCUGAUGCCGUUCGUAUCAUCAGUGCUGGGGGCUUCUACAUUAACCAAAAGCGUGUGCAGAAUAUUGCAGAAGUUAUAACAACCGGCAUUCACAUUCUCCGUAAUGGCGUAUCCUUAUUGCGCGUUGGUAAGCGCAACUUUUACAUAGUGCGUUGGCAAUAGUUAAGAAUGUACACAAUUGUUAAAUAAUUAUUUAAUAAUUAAGUUAUAAUAUUUUA